UGUAAGUUGCUGUAGGGAGAGCUCCAUCAGUUGAUAGUUCAUCAUUUCUGAGCACCGAUGGGUCCGUCUACCAUCUUGUACAGCAGGAUGUGGACCUUUUUAUUUCUUUACAUCUUGGGCAUAAACUUCUGUCAGGCUGAUAACUCAACACAAAUGCUUUAUGCCAAACUGAUAAUAGACAAAAGUGCAAUUGUAAAUAUCACAAGCAUGCUGAAGAAUUUUACAUAUAACAAUACAGUUGUUGAAGCACCUGUAAUGACAACAGUGUGCACAAAUGGUACAGGCAGCAAAAAAUGUGGAUGCAAACCGGGCUACAGAUGGAACGAUACUUUCUGUCAGUCUAAUCCAAAAUGUUGUGGCAAUGCAACAUGCACUUUGGAUAAAACUGCCAAUGCAAAGUGUGUCUCAAACACCGCAGUUACCAUCACAGGGUCUCUUACACUGCAGGGGUCUACAUAUGUAGAUUGUUUGGAAGAUAUAACAAACCCUAAAUAUGAAAAAUGCAGUGAUGGGUUGUUGACACGGAUGAAAACGGAGUACAGCACUCUGAGGGGAUUUGACUUUUUAAACAUUACAAGAUUCAGGAUUGGUAGCGUCAUUGCAGACUUUAAAAUAAUCAUUGCCUCCAGCAUCGAUUCACAAGCUCUGAUAAAUAAUUCAAUAAAGAUUGGCCAAAUUCUGUCCGCCUCACUUAACAUGGAGACUUCAGGUCUUGUCAACUUAGAGAUGCCACUAAUGCCUGUGCCUUAUGGUGCCACCAACCAAGUGAUCAGAUGCACAACCAAAGAGGACCUGAAAACUGACCCACAAUGGAGAAUAAUAAACAGCAAAGGGCAAUAUGACAUAACUACUGGAACAGUUUCAACAGUUGAUACGUCAUCACGAACUGACAGUACAGUCAACCUCAGAAACGUGACAGAACUCUGGAAUGGAGAGUACUCAUGUAUCUACCACCAAACGGGUAAUUGCACCACAUCAGGCUGUGCAGUCAACAUAUUAAACAAAGCCAGUGCUCAACUGGAUGUAGCACUAUUACCAAACAUUGACGUCUUCACGGAGCCAUCAUUUCCACGCUGUAAAACCGAAAAUGAUAUUCUCCAAGCAAAAGCCAAAUGUGAGAUAAACAAUAGUACUGAACCUUAUAAUGUCACAUGGGAUGGCAAACGUCAAUUAGAAACUCAGAGUAAGUAA